AUGAUUAAGGGAAUUAUAAUAAUUUUGGCAUGUAUGCAAGCCAUAUAUGCUUUUCAACCAGAAUGUGAAAAUCACGCUUACGGCAUUGGUGCAAAUAGUUGCACAAGAUUUUACGUGUGCGUGAUGUCGAGGAUUGUGAAAAUGGAAUGUCCGGAUCAGAAACAUUUUGAUGUUAAAUUAGGAAAAUGCGUUUUACCGGAAGAAAGCGAUUGUCAAGCGAAAGCGGACUUCAUCGGUGAAUGGCCAGAGUUCCCAGAAUUCCCCCAUUUCCCACACAAUCCACAUAAACCAACUACAUCUAGACCAACUACUUCUAAACCGACUACAGUUAAACCAAUUACAGUUCAGCCAACUACCACUAAACAAACAUCUACUGAACCAACAACUAUUCAUCCAACCACCACUGAAGUCAGCACUACUCAAUCAAAACCAGAGAAUGGAGUGAAAUGCCCAACUGAGAACGGUCCAGUUCCAGUAUUUCAUCGUCACCAAACCGACUGCACAAAGUACUACAUUUGCGACUGGGGUCAUCCUUUCAUGAUGGAUUGCCCAGCUGGUCUUCAUUUCAAUGCAGAUCUCAAUGUUUGCGAUUGGCCUGCCAAUGCCAACUGCUUAGUUACCGUUAAUUAA